UGGCAACAUGUCUUGGUUGGAUGAUAACGAUUUUUGAUUAGUUUAUAUCGUGGUGAUGUUUAUAGAAGUGCAUAUAACAAGUGUUUAAUUGUUUUCACUUUAUGUAACAUGGCACGGGAAUAUGAUCAUUUAUUUAAGUUGCUUAUCAUAGGCGACAGUGGUGUUGGAAAAAGUAGUUUGCUACUAAGAUUUGCUGACAAUACAUUUACAGGAAAUUACAUCACAACCAUAGGUGUAGAUUUUAAAAUCAGAACAGUUGAAGUAGAUGGGGAGAGAGUUAAGUUACAAAUAUGGGAUACUGCUGGGCAGGAAAGAUUUAGGACGAUAACUUCUACGUAUUAUAGAGGAACACAUGGUGUGAUAGUUGUCUAUGAUGUAACGAAUGGUGAGUCAUUUGGAAAUGUUAAAAGGUGGUUACAUGAAAUUGACCAAAACUGUGAAGUAGUCAAUAGAAUAUUAGUUGGGAAUAAAAAUGAUGAUCCAGAUAAAAAAAUAGUGUUAACUGAGGAUGCUCAAAGAUUUGCUGAUCAAAUGGGAAUUCAACUAUUUGAAACAAGUGCAAAAGAAAACAUUAAUGUUGAAGAUAUGUUCAAUGCAAUUACAAGAAUGGUUUUGAAAAGUAAAAAGGAUCAAAAAGAGAGGCAACAACAGUCACAUGAAAACACAGUCAAACUACAGAAGCAAUCCCAGCGUGGGAAGAAAAAAUGUUGCUAGUAUUGAUUGUUUUAGGAAGAAUUCUGCUGUAUAUUGUGGCUCAACUUUUGCAGUGUUCUGCUCUUUUUUAUAAGUUCAUGCAGGAAAAAGGAGAAGUGCCUGUGAUCAGAAAACAAUGAACAUUUAAGAUUGCAACUUCAGUUUCUGAAGCACAGACACAAAUGUAUGUAUUUUAGAUGCAAAUGGCGUGCUUUUGAACAUUGCACUCAAGUUGUUGGCGUAAUUGUUUUCAUUCUCAAAGUGGACAUCUGGUCAAACUAAAACAAGAGUUAAAUUUUCUUUCAUAGCAGGUUAGAUCCAUUUUAAUAGAUUUUUAAUUUGUUGCACAAAACACCAUACAAACUUUCCAAACAUGUUAGAUUCUUGUUUCACUUCUACUUCUAUAUAAUGCCAUCAAACUUUAUGUGUAAUGGACGUUACUGAGAAAAAUUAUUCUAAUAUUGUUAAUGGAAAUCUUUAAAAUUGUAACUGCAUUACAUAGAGAUGGAGUCCAUGUUCUUUAUAAAUUUCAUGCAAUGAAACAAGAAUCCAACACAUUUUUAGCUGCUUUGUUUGGUGUUUUGUACAACAAACUGAACGUCUGUUACUGUGGAAUUGCCCUGCAGUAGGUAGUUUUUCUCCUCUAUAAAGUAAUUUUCAUCAGCAUGUAAAGCAUAGGAAUGCCAUUAUUGUUUGCAAAAACUGGUGGAACAAAUUAAAUUUUUCAUUUCAUGAUUUUGAUUCUACAGUGUGUGUUGAAAUGAUAGGUCCACCCAUAAAAUGAAAAGUUAUGUUGGUAAAAAAGGAUUUAUAUAUAUAUAUUGCAUACAAAGUACUAUUUUUUAAACUAAAUUGCUUCAUUAAAUGUAAAAUAAUACAUGAAGAGUAUACAAAUAAUAGGAAUAAUAAGUUAAAUAAAAUUUACAUGAAACAGCUGUUCCAAAAAGAUAGGUCCAUUGAGCCAAACAUCAAAUUAAUGUUGAAUUAAUAAGAAUUUUUUGUACCUUUUUUCUGAAUAAGCUCAUAAAUCCUAUUCAGCAUGGUUUCUACAAGUUUUUGCAUACAAUAUGUCUCAAUUUUUGACCAUUCGGUGGAAAUAGCUUUUUUUCAAGUCUGCAAUACGGUUGUACUGCAUUCCGCUUGCAUACAACGCUCUUGCGAGUAUUCCCCACAUGUUUUCUAUCUGAUUCAGGUUAGGGCUGCAAGGUGGCCAGUCGAUAACAUGUACACCGUUUUUCAGGAACCAUUCAAAAGUGGACUUUGCAGUGUGCACAGGAGCAUAAUCUUGUUGGAACAUGAAGAAUGGGCCCCAAUGUGAAUGUUGAUUGUGGAAGAAAAUAUUUUUCAAGCAACUGUUGAUAGCCUGCAGCAUUCAAACGAUUGUCUACAAAUACUAUAUCAGUUUUUCUAGCACCUCCGAAUCCGGCUCAUACCAUAAUGGAACCACCACCAGCUUGCCUCUUUGAGAAUAUCUGUCUAUCAUCAGCCAUCUGGACCAUCCAGGUUGAAUUUCUUUUCAUCACUGAAUAUCACACAAUGCCAAUCUUGUUUCCAGGUCAUCACUUCCUUUGCGAAAUUCAAUCUCUUUUCUUUGUGCUUUUUAGUCAAUUUUGGAGCCGCUUUCCUCUUGACCUAAACUAAAUUGGCAAACUUAUUUACUACUCUAUAGACUAGAUUUUGAUAUCAGAGGGUUUUGUUGUCUGCCUUAAGUGGAUAAGCGUAUAGUUCCUGAUUUAAGGUCCUUUACGAUAAUCUUUCUUUGUCAGGGUGUCACUUUUGAUGGGCGGCCAGACGAAGUCGAAAAAAAUUGUUGACAACAUUAUGUGAUCUAUUUAAAAGCUUACCUAUUUCUCCAUUCGAUUUUCCACACUUCUUAAAUGCUUCAAUUUUCCCUUGUUCAACCAGCGAAAAACUGCAAUGACGAUCCAUUUUGUUUGCUUACAACAUGAUGCUGAAAUCUAUUUAAAUACCUCCACAGCAGCCAGCAUAGUCUCGCAGUAAGACUAAGCAACAAGAUUUAUGCAAGUUUUUUGGAAGUAAACAUUGUUAGAGCAAAAUUUCUGAAGGUGGACCUAUCUUUUCAAAAUGGUCUAAAAAUGAAAAUUAGCAUAAAAUAAAAAGGAAUUAUUCUUUUUUAUGAAAUUUCUUGAUAAAUAGUUAUAACAAGUGCUGAUUAACUAUCUGUACCAAAAAUGAUUUUUAUUCAGAAUUAAGAGUCAAAACUUUGCGGGUGGACCUAUCAUUUCGAUAAGCACUGUAUAAGAUAACUUUCUAUUUUUAAAAAUUUAGAGUUACUGUUACAAAUGUAUUUAUUAUGCCUAUGUUUUCAUUAAAAGAAUUAUAAAUCAUUUUAUCAACAGAUUAAAUAGCUACAUAUCUAUUGCUAAAGUUAUCUUAUUACCGUUCUUUUCAUAAAUUGUAAAAGUUUUAUAUAAUCCUAAAACUUAUUGUUGCUGCAAAAUUAUUUAUCGUUUUUCAAAUUUGUAAAUUUUUCCUUUAUGUAAAUUAACCGGACCUUUAAAAUAUAUUGUGUAUAAUAUUCAAAUUAUAAGUAAUAUAUCAUUUAUUUAUUAUCGGGGAAGAGGGGGAGGGCAAAGAGAGGUACUCCACACACUCUAGAAAAAGCAAUACAUACACACUUAUAAGUAUGUUAUGUUUUUAAAAGCCAGGGGAAGCAAUUACCCCUCUUGAUCUACCAAAUGAUGGGUCUACUUGCAUUUAUUUGCCUUCAGACAUGUCAUUUGUGUGAUAAAAGUUCAUUUUUGUAUAAAAUCACAAAAUUUGACUUUAAUGUUAAAACAAUUGUCAUUUUUUUCCAAACUGGACUUCUACUUUAUAGUUGAAAAAAAAGGUACAAGAGAUAUUUUUAGAAUGAAACAUUUUCAGCUUCUUCUUUUAAUUCAUGUGUUGGAUAAAUAUGAGAUAUACAGUCGAACCUCCAUCUAUUGAACGUCCUGAAAUUUUCUAUGUAUCAAACUUUUAGCAAAUUACCAUGUUCAUUACAUCAAAAAAAAUCUCUAUUAAUAAAAAAAAUAAUAAUAAAAAUUGGACAUAGUGGGAAAUAUUAAUGGACUAUAGAUUUGGCUUUCCUCACAAAAAUUAAAGUCAAGAGAAGAAGAAAGCUUGGUGACUGUCACUAUAAACCCUGAGAGUCAGUUGAGGUUAAGGGGUUUACAAACAACUGGAGAAGUUUUUGAAUUUUAGACUAAAAGAACCAAGUUGUUUUUAAUUUCAUGUUUCUACUUGUCCUGUAAAGCCAAUUUCUAGCUAUACUUUUUUUCCCUGAUAGUUGUUUUUCAUUCCUUAAUCUGCUACGGUUGAGUGAAAAAUCUAAAAUUUUCCAAGUCAUCGAAAAAUAGUAUGCUAGAGGCAUUUAAAACAAUACAUCUUGGACUUCAGUUCACAAAAACAUUCCUGAUUAAGUAUUUAAUGGACUGAAUAAAUGCAAGCACUUUUUUGGUGAACUUUUCACAAAACUGACUAUUGAGCAAGACUUUCAUAGUCCUUUUUUUUCGUGUCAAAGAAUGAAAC